ACUGGGCUUCAUUUCAAGGUUCAUGAGGCUGGGAGAUCGCUAUUGAAUCAUCUUGAGACUGGAGUCCAUCUGAGAUACCUUUGGUGUAGUUCCACAAGUGGGGUAUACAUAUGGAGAAUCCUGUGGGCGAGUUUAAGGAACGCAGUCCAGUGCCUGUGCAAAUCACAGUACUGAGGGCCAGAAACUUGAAAGGGAGCAAAGGAGAGAGCCCAGUGACUUAUGUCCAUGCGGAAUAUAAUAACUUCCAACUCGGAGACUCUGGAAAGUUGCAGAUGACAGAAAAUGAAAUAGAGUACAACUUUACAACCAGUUUUGACUGCACGUUUGAUGGCAUUCAAGGAUUAGACAACCUGGUGCAUAAACCUGUAAUUUUGACAGUAAUUGAGGUUUUACCAAAAGAGAAGAAAAAAAAAGACGAGAAGGUAAUUAUCCUCGGCCAAACCACAGUGGACCUGUUGCCUCUGGCUCAAGGAGAAUGUACAUUCACAAAGACCAUGACACUGCACCCUUUAGCAGGAACUGGUUUGGAGCAAACUGCAUCGGAGGAAACAAAGUCCCAGCUGGACAUUGCGGUGUCCAUCCCAGAACCAUUGCUUUCUGAAGCCCAAUUAGAAGAGUCAAAUCUUCUGAGGAUCACAACAGAGUGUGCCUACUCAGUACCUGAUGUCUGGGCCCUCACUGGACCACAGUUUAACUAUAUGGUUUCUCUGCAGCUGCCAACAGCUACUUCAAAGGAGCUUCGUGUGUUAUUUACUAAUGGGACUCUGAAAGGGGAAAAGGAGCCCAGUGUCAGACCAAAGAGAUGGCCAGUAAGCAAUAUCACUGCAAUUGGAGCCCAAAAUAUCCCAGAUUCUUUCGUAGAGAUUAGUCCUUUCGAAGAUGAGGAUGGGGAACUAAAUCGCAAAGAGGAUUGGGCAUUCAGAACAGAGGCAGAAAGCGACAAAAAGCAUAUCACAUGGAAUAUAGAGAGACGCUGCUUUAUGGAGCCUGAGGCUUUGAGGAGACUGCAGAAGUACAUAGCUGAAUCCAUGUACAUCCCUGUGGAGAUCAAGCGUGUACCAUUAGCUCCUCCAGCUAAGGCAGGAGGAAAAGCCAGCAAAAUUGAAAAGACAGAUGAAGAAGGACCUGUCUCAUUUCAUGGAGUAGCAUAUGUAAAUAUGGCUCCUUUAUUGUAUCCAGGUGUGAAGCAGAUUCGAGGAGCAUAUCAAAUCCUCCCUUACAAUGAGUAUGAUAUAUUAGAAAAGAACUCAGUAAAUUUGAAGUCAAUUUUGACGGAUCAUGUGUUGGAGUCAGAAGUGCCAACUGUAGCUAAUGUGGAAGGAGAGCAAUAUGUAGAAGCUAGGUCAUACAUCGUUCUGGAGUUUACUUUGUCAAAACCUUUGGUGCAGAAGCGACUCCGUGAGGAACUUGUUCAAAGGAUCGCGGAGAUAAUUCCCCCUCGACCAUUAUUCCCUCGUAGAACAGGUGGAGCAGAUAGGGCUGUAGCUGACUACCACAAUCAGAUAAUCAAUGUAGCUAAAAUCAUCAUGGAUGAAUAUCUAGAAAUGUUUGGACAAAAACUAACUGAAGGAAAACUCUCACAGGAAUACCAGGACCAGGAGGAGCGCAAACAUAAACUAAUAUUUGAGUUGAACACUUCAGGAAAAUACUUUGCCUUUAAGGAACAGCUUAAGCAUGCAGUUGUGAAAAUUGUGCGUGAGAAGUACUUGCGGACUGUGGCCUUUGAGAAUAGAGAACAGCUUCAGACAUUCCUGAACAAGUUGUAUAUUUACUUGGUGGAUCAGAUGCACUGUUGCUUGCACAAGAUGUUGCAUGUGGAUCCCCCAGAUCCUAUUCCAGAAUCAUUCCUCAGUUCUGUACAGUUAAAACACUUUGCUAAAGAAGCUGAAAUGAACAAGGACUUUGAACUAGCAAGUAAAUACCACCAAGAGAGAUUAGCACGCGACAGGAACAAUGCUGAUCACUGGUUUGACUAUGGUACUUUCUACCUCAUGUUAAAGGACCACUCCAAAGCAGAGGAGUGCUUCCAUGAGGCUGUUGCUGUAAAUCAGGAGCAUAUAUCCAGCCUUAUUUUGUGUGGUAUUUUAGCAUGUAUGAAUGAGCGCUUUGAAGAUGCUGACAGCUUUUUUGAGAGUGCCAGGUGCUUUGAACCAAAUAGUGUGUUAGCUUGGACAAUCCAAGGACUGUUCUAUGAAAGUCAGGACCAUCCAAUUCUCUCCGAAAUGGCCUUUGCUGAGGCAAAGAAACUUCAAACAGCAACUGAAACAGUGAAGAAGUCAUUGGAUGAAGUGAUCAUUGACAAGAGAAGGGAAACAGAGGUUCCUGAACCUGAAUCUGAGAAUGAUAUAAAAGAUCAACAAGCUGCAAUAGAUGAACCUGAAACUGUGAUACAGGAGACCCCGAGUACACAUUCUGUUGCCACCCCUGUUGGAGUAUCUGCUGAUGUUUAUAUUAAAAAGUUAUGCCAAGCUACAGAAUGUCAGACUAUUGCACAUGUUCUGUCUUUUGAAGAAAUGCCAAAGACCUUUGAGGUUAUUGAGAGUGCGAUGGCCAUGCAGCCGGAGGAGCCAGUGCCUGCUCUUCCUGUUCCCGAACCCCCUCCAAAAGAGACCAUUCCUGUAUGUACAAGAAGUAUCUACAUGGAAGCAGCAACGUUUCUUUUGGAUGUUUACGCUUUGCAGUUUGCAACAAGAGCCUUGGCACAUGAGAUGCUUUUAGGUGAAAAUGGACUAAGUUGUGAAUAUCAUGUGAUUCUGGCUCGGCUUUACAUGCUUCAGGAGGAGUUUGCAAAAGCAGAGGAGUCUCUUGCAGAAGCAGGUCGAAUUGACCAUCAAAAUCCAGACCUAUGGGCUUUACUGGGACAUCUAAGCUAUAUGAAAGAAAACUAUAGCAAGGCUAAGGAAUAUUAUGAACGUGCUUUGUGUUAUGUGAAUGAUGCACUUGACAUGCAUUCCAUCUGCCUGAGACUAGGCUUCAUCUACUUACAGGAGGAAAAGAUUCAAUCAUAUAAAUCAGCCAAAUCGACCUACCUUUUCGCUUCCCAGAGAUCACCAUCCUGUUUGUCCUGGCUGGGAGUUGGUAUAGCCUGCUAUCGACUGAAUGAACUGACAAAUGCUGAAGAUGCACUCUGUGAAGCAAACAUUCUGUGUAACAUGAAUGCGGAGGUCUGGGGCUAUCUCACAUUGGUGUGCUUAAAGACAGGGAGAAAGCUAGAAGCGGAGCAGACCUAUAAAUAUGCAGUAAAGUUAAAUCUUCAAAAUAAAAAGCUCCUUGAUGAGAUUAAUCAACUCCAGGAAACACUUGGAUUUGGAAAUCCGUCACUUUGA